AUGGGGUCAGAUGUUUAUAAAUUAGACAGACUGGCAGAUUAUUUGAUUCCCGAUACAUCAAUAAUUGCCAUCAAUUCACAUUUGAUAAAGCCUGUCUAUAGGAAAGAAAUCAAAAAUUUAAAAGAGUUAAAAUUAAUUACCUAUACAUUGCCUGUGUUGUCAUGUUACAAACAUACUGCUUUUAAUAAUGAAAGUUUGUUUAGUACUGAGAUGAAAAGAAGUUAUGAAACUAUGGAACUUUGUGCGGUACAAAUUGUGACUCAAAUAGGAGCAAUUAUGAACCAUACUUGGAAAUAUGGAGAGAAUGCAUCUCAUGUUGCCGAACAGUUUGUGUUUUUAUUUGACUCGAUAUUUCAUGCUGAUUUACCUUUGACUUCAAAAUUGACAGAUGAACAAACUCGAAGUUUUUUACUUGAAAGUUUUAAUGAUUUAUAUUUACAUCGACAAAUUCAACUAAUUGUUCAUAGCAUAUUUCUUGGCCUAGACAAAAUUGAAUUAAGAAAUAGUAUUAUUGAAAUGCUUGAACUUAAAUAUGAAUACAAGAUACCUGGGCAUUUAUUUGUUGUUGCAGUUUCCAGUCUAGGGUUACAGCUUUAUCGAAAUGAGCUAGAAAGAAAUCAUGAGUACAAGCUACAAAAGUUGAAUAAAGUUUUCAGAUGGAAAAAAAAAGGGGAUUGGCACAAACUAAGGAGAGAUGAAAGUAGAUGA